AUGGCAGCUGAUCCAACCUACUUGAACGUCGUCUACAACGGUAAUGUAGACAUUUUGCCGGGAUCGUCCACAGUGGACUAUGGUCUCGGUGACCUCACUAUUGCUAACGUUGUCCGCAUUGGCUCGACCACUGCGGCCACCUCCACUGCCAACUCUGGUGCUCUUAGUGUCGCUGGUGGUAUCUAUGCCGGCAAUGACUCGUACUUCAACGGCCGGCUCACCAUCAACACCACCGACUCGGUCAGUGCCCUCACGAUCAACGGUGGGUCGGUUUUUAACGGCGUGAUCUCCAUCACUGACACCACCAAUGCCACUUCGUACACCACUGGGGGUUUUAAGACAGCCGGAGGUCUCUCGGUCCAGCAAGAUGCCUGGAUCAACCGCCUGUUCACCACCCAAAUCACUUCGACCGGAACAGUGACCAUUACCGACACCACUCCCGGUACGUCGACUGCGGGUGCACUCGUUGUCUCUGGCGGCAUUUCGGCUGGUGGAUCGACGUAUUUGGGCAGCACUCUCGAAGUCGCCAGCACUGUCACGCUCGACAGCACUACCGACUCGACCAACACCACGAGUGGAGCGCUGAUCGUUGCGGGUGGCAUUGGGUGUGCCCAGACCGUCACCACUCAGAAGCUCGGUGUGACCGGACUCUCGACCCUGAACAACCUCAAUGCAUGGGGAAAUGUGCAGUUCACUGGAUCGACCUUCACUGCAUCCAAUGCCGUCAGCUUCACGAACACCACGGCAUCCACUAACCCGUCGACCGGUGCGCUUGUCGUCUCUGGAGGCAUCGGUGUCGGGGAUAACUCGAGCUUUGCCGGUAUCAUCAGCCUCACCAAUACUACUGACUCGACCAAUCUGACCAGCGGUGCUCUUCAGGUUGCAGGAGGAGCUGAGAUCACCAAGAACCUCAAUGUCGGCGGAAACGUGAACGUUAGCGGCAACACCACGGUCCAGGGCAACCUCACUGUGCUUGGUGCCUCGACCACUAUUACGAGUCAGACGCUCACAGUGAACGACAAUUGGAUUCUCUUGAACGCCGCUCCUGCUUCGCUCUCGGAUGUGGGUAUCGUCAUGCAGCGAUACCAAACGGACAGCGAGACUGGCGCUGGUGAUGUCACUAACGCCACUCCCGACAUUAGCGCAACCGCCCAGGGCUCGACCAGCAGCACCACUAUCACGCUCGCUGCGUCUGACACUGCUGCCACCGACUACUACAAAAACUGGUGGAUUCGGAUCAUGAGCGGCACCGGUGCCGGUGGUAUCCGCCAGAUCACUGGCUUUGAUGCCACCACCAAGAUCGCCACGGUCGAAACGGCCUGGGUCACUCAACCCGACAACACCUCAGUCUACGGCCUCUACUACAAGACCUAUGCCGUGUCCGCUUGGAUCGAGACCACUGACGAGUUCCAAGUGGGUUUCACUCCUAACGACCCCACCUACCACUCCAAAGCCGGGUUGAUCUCUCGCGGCACCUUCCAUGCCAAGAAGCUGAUUGCGGAUGACUCUGUGCAGACCGAUGCGGUCAACGAGCUUACCCCCGGAGCCGGAGUUACCAUUAAUGGAGCGGUUAACAUCUCCACAUCAGGUGCCGUGACUGGAAUCAACUCGAUCAACGGCAACACCGUGCCCGUCACUUCCGACAUUGCCAUGAAGGACGACGGUACGACCCCCUCGAGCUCCACGGUCAUCUCCGGCACCACCACUCACGGCAGCUACAUGAUCCUUGUCCGUGACAAUGUGUCCAGCGGAGCGGCUGCCACCUUCAUCAUGAGUGCUCGCUCUGGUAUCUCUGGCACCGUGCAACGACUCAGCAGUGCAAAGGGAUCGAAUGGUGAGUCGCUAGAGAUUACAUGGCCUGCGAACGGCCAGCCCACUCUGGGAUUCCAGACACUGGUCAACUCGCCUUCCGGUGCCACGAUUACUUAUCAUGUACAGGUCCUGUCGGUGUAA